AUAAGUGCAACUGUUAUUGCUAAUCCAUAAAUGAACUAGUAUAUAUUUAAAUAACGUCAUAAUCAGUAUUUGGAAAGCGCAAGUCUAUUGGUUAAGUACAAGUUUAAAAAUGUCUUCCAUGAAAGAUGAAACAGUUUCACCAGAUGAACUACGAAAAAGGCUUUACCAGACAUUUAAGAACCGUGGGGUUUUAGAUUCCUUGAAGACACAGCUUCGGAAUCAGCUAAUACAUCAACUAAAGCACCCAGUAUUGAGUGGAGAGGUGCCCCCACAACCAAUUCCUGUGGAAGCUGAUUCUGUCCUGGUCCAAGCCUCCAACAGCUUGGUAGUAGAUCACUUGCGUAGAUGUGGAUUUGAAUACUCCUUGUCUGUUUUCUAUCCAGAGUGUGGUCUGGAAACAGAUAAGGUAUUUUCAACAAGAGACCUGCUUCAGCUAAUGAAUAUCAGUCCUAGAUCAAUGCUGUAUAAAUCCCUUACCUCAGCUAUGCAAAAUGAAAAUAAGAAAGGUUUCCUGAUGAAACUGCUUAUUGAGUUGACUGAUCACCUGCAUAAAGUGCGCCAAGAUGCAGAUACACAGACAGACUUAACCCCGCAUUACAGGGAAUCACUUGCUGAAAAAAUGCAGCUGAUUGAUGACCAAUUUGCAGUUCUGUAUCAGAAAGGAAGCAGAUGGGAAUCUCUGGAAGCAAAACUUUCAGAAUAUCGGAAGGAAAUUGAAGGACAGAUUCAAGCAGAAAUGGACCAAAAGAUGCAGCAUUUCAAAGAGGUUGAACUAGCCAAACUGAGGAUGGAGGAAAAGGCAAAAUCCCACAAAGAAUUGUCAGAGUUGAAACGGGAGCUGGAGAGAACCUACCAGACUAAGUCUGAUGCUUUGAUUAGCCGGGAGAAGAAUUCUGUUGAGCGACUUCAGAAGCAGAAGGAGAUUGAGGAAAAAGAAAUCUAUACCCAAAGGCAGUCAUUGCUGAAAGAGAUUGAAACUCUGAGGAACAGAGAUGCAGAACUGAAGCAAAGAACUGAAGCAUUUGAAAUGAAUUGUAAAUUGCAAGAAGAGAAGAAUAGGAGUAUAGAAGAGGCUCUCAGACGGCGAGAGCUUGCAAGUAGAACUAUUGAAGAAACCUACGAUCAAAAACUUAAAAAUGAACUGCUAAGGUAUCAGCUUGAACUGAAAGAGGACUAUCUUAAAAGAACUGAAAAAGUCACAGAAGAUGAGAAAAGGAAUAUAGCUGACGCUGCACGUUUACGUGAGGAAUUCGCGGUUAUCAAUUCAAAUAAAGAGGAACACAGGCAUGCUUUAGCCGAAUUAAGGAAACUUCAGGUGGAUUUGGAUUCUGCUAGUUCCCAGAUAUAUCUGCUAACGCAACAAAAUGAGCUUCUGAAGGAAAGACUGAAUGAGACUACAGACUACCCCCUGCUGAAGAGGGAGAGACUGGAGCUGCAGACUCAGUUAAAACUGCUAAAGAGGCAACUUGAAGAGGCCCAUGAAGAGAACCGCAAGCUCAGAGAAGAAUUUAGAUGGCCUACGUCUGAAUACUUGGCUCUCCAAGCUGAGUUGAGGAGAGUAGCAAAUACCAGAAAACUGGACGAAGAGGAAUUUGAAAGUCGGAAACGGGUGUUGGAGGAGCAGCUACAAAAAGAGGUUGAGCACUCUGCACAGAUAAAGACCCAGCUCCUAGAAUGUGAAGAGAGAGCACAAUGGCUAACUACCCAGGCUGAAGAUGUGAAGCUCCAGCUACGACAGACACAACAAGCUCUGGAGAAUGAAGUUUUUCGCAAUCCAAAGCCCUCUCUUGUUGACCGCUCUGUCCUUGACCUCACAGCUGAUAAGGUUGUGCCCCCUGACAUUUAUGUAGAUGGUCCUUUACUGAGGGGUAGGCCAGUGUCCGAGGAUGUCCUGUUCGAGCCUGUUGGCUCAAAGUCCUGCAGGUAUUCCAGGGCUUGGACUGCGUCCCAGGAUUCAGGAACUGAGCUGGUGGCUGGUGCCAAGGCACGAAUUAAGGAACUAGAAAAGGAGGCUGAGUCCUUAGAAGAGGCCUACAGGAACUACCAGCACAGGGCCAUCAAAACAGCCAUAUCUGGCAGUCAACCAGCAAGACCUUGGUCUCCCCCAGAAACUCUCAGUAUUCCCAGAAGGAGCCCAUCUGCCUCCCAUAGCCGAGUCACAUUCGCAGACAAGAUGCUUCCAUCUCAGGAGCUUCAUCUGAUGGCAUUAAGAAGCACGCUGUAUGAUACACAAAACCUGAACGGAGCUGGGAUGCAAGGACAGGAGACCCCAUCUGUGCAGAACUGCUUGCCUCCCAGACGACUCUCCUCCACGCCCCUUUCACUGUCCGACAGACAGGAAAGCAGAAGGCUUUUGGAAGAUCAAGAGGGUUCAUUUCUUACACCCUGUCACCGCAUCCCUGAACGGCAGAUAUCUCCAAUUCCUUCCAACGGAUACUCUUCAACUGUUGUCCGUGCUGCUGACACAGAUUCUCCUGGUAGAUCGUCAUUGAAAAGCACUUCUAGAGAACACAGCAGCUCACAAAAAAAACUUGGAGAGGUUUCCAGCCCAGACUCUUCACCACACCCUGAAAAAUUAACAUUUGAGGAUCUCGCAGAAUCUAUUGAAGAUCACAGUGACAUUCCAGAGCAGCUUGAGGACGAUGUGUCCCAUCAAUCUGAGGACUGGAUGAAUAGGCUCAGUGUCACCAUCCCAGAGCCAAUAGCUGCUACUUCACAGCAAGACCACACAAUAGAUCAGAAAAUGACAGAAGGGGGAGAGAGACAGAAGAGGGAGGACAAAGAAAAAGAAGAGAGAAAAUGGGAACUGGAAAGAAAGAAUAGAGAAGAAAAAAGACUACAGGAGAGGCAAACAGCCUGGGAGAGAGAGCAGAGGGAACUGGAACAACUAGAGCAGGAGAGAAAGUUGCUUGAAAAUUCACAGCAUCACGAAGACAAGAAAGGAGAAACAGAAGUGGGGAAAACAAAGUCCAAAAUGUCUGAAUCAGAAGACAAUAAUUCCAAUCCUGUUGAAAAAUACCUGAAAAUAGUCAAGCAGCAUAAAGAGCCAGAACUGGAGCAGAGUUUGAAGAGGGAAGCUGCAGAGCAGAGCUCUAUUCAUGAUAGACUAUCAGAUGAAAAAGAUGACAGUAUUGCUGGUAUUUCACAUGAGGAUACAAAUGAGGAUUUCUGGUGAAUCUUUUGUGCAGUCACUGUCUGAACCGUGGUAUGAUGUUCAUCUAUUAAUUUUACAAGGUUUAUGUAUUUGUAUUUUUGUUCCUUUUUUAAAUAUGAAGAUGCAUGGUAUGAUUGUAUAUGUGUACAUGUUAACAAUAAAAAAAGCACUAUUCUAAACUUUAUCUUAAAUUGUCAUGUAUACAGAGAAAAGUUUGAGUUAUACCAUGCAUGUGUGUCUUAACAUAUUUGUCCAAUUCAUCCCGAAUGGAGUAAGGCAUCCCUGUUUUAUGAUUUGUUAAAUAAUUCAUAGUUUACCAAUCAGCUGUUGUCCAUAUGGCUCUGCAGAAAAAGAUUAUAACACUCUUGGAACAAGAUACUUGUAUUACAUUGGAGUGUCCCUAUACUUUUGCCCAGACGUACUGUACCCCUGUACCAGGAUGCUAUAUCUUCUCUGCAGCAUCUUAAUAGGCUAGCAUCCACAAAGAGGAUUAUGCAUUUUUUUUCUGAGCCUUGCCUUGCCACCUGGAUAGCCGUUGAUAAGAAUGGUUUAUCUCACAGCAAAGAGUCAAUCAGCAGCUUGCCUUCAGACUCUACAGUAUCUAUUUGCUGCAAUGAAGGGUAUUACCCCGUCCCAUUUGCCAGGUGAUUUUCUUUGAGUAGCAGCAGACAAAAAUAAAUAAGUGAUUCUGAUUACUGAAACUUUCUGGCAGCAUUUACAGGAAUUUGUCUUGCUGGGAUGUUCAGGAAUAAAGAAAAUGUGUAUAGAAUUAACCCAGAUAUUCAGUCAAGUAAAUGAACAAAAUUCAAUAAAACUUUCUACAGGCACAGUAUGUAAUGGAAAGUAUUUUAAAUUAAGGGCUUGUAAAAUUUCAGGACAACAUUAGGUUAUUGCAGUAGUGUGUUUUAGGUGUCCAAUGACUGGAGGUUUGAUUGAAUAGUGUAUACACAGUGAAACCGCACAGUUCCCUACCUCUUAUUGCUUGAAUACUUCUACUUGAUUGUGAAGAUCCUGUUUGUCAGUCAACACUUGAUAAUAAAAUUACUUGAUGUGUACUUGUAACUUUCAACACCUUGAUGGGCUGAAUUCAUUUUUAAUUUUGCAGAUGUGUUCUGUUACCAGAUGAUAAAUAAUUCAUGAUUUGUACACUUAAUUCAGCAUGAUGAUAGUCCUGUUACGUUUAUAUGUAUGUAACUUAAGUUUUCUCUGACAUUCACUUUCAUUGUGAUUGGGUUUCCAUCGGCCACAUAUUGACAUCAGCCCUUCACAUUUUUCAUUCAGAUUCUAGACAUUAAAAAAAGAAAAGACCAAAACAGUUGUUAUAUAUGUAACAGCUAGAACUAAAGGAUUCAGUGAACCAUCUCCCUCGCUAGUAUAAAAUCUUGACUUCGUCUGUCUGAUUUUAACUAUUUGGAAGACCUGUACAGGUGCAAUGUAUAGCUAUUGAGAAAUAAAGGAUCAUUAUAUACAAAUAAGAAAUGCUAACCCAAAGUGUUUUAUCUACAAUUGUUUAAUAACUGCUUGAAUAAAACCAUAAGGAAGCCCUUGGCACUCAUAGAAAAUACUGAUUUACUAUUAGUUUAUAAAAUUGGUACCUUUUUGACUUUUGAAUAAAAAAAAAUAAAAAAAUACAAUAAGGUCUAUUAAACAAAACUAAAAACUGCCAUGUCCACUACAUAAAUUGAAAUGUAUCUCCUUUAAUAGAAGGAUGUGGGCAAACACUGCCAUAGUUUGUCAGAACAAAUGACAACACAUCACCUGUAUUACUGCAUAAACAGUUACUCUCUUCCAUGCAAUAACGAUUUAACACUAAGAUAUUCGAGUACAUCUCUUCGACCUAACAUAAAACAGAUAGUAUAUCAGUAACACAAGUCAGUUUUUUAACCUUUACACAUCUGAACAAUAUUGACAAACAUUUUCAGAGAUUUUGAAAUAAUUAUUAAUACAAUAUUUUAGAGGUUUUUCAUACCAAAUACAUAGCAGCAGUAAAACCAGUAACCUUUUUCUAAAAUCCAAAACAUCAUAUUCCUGAUGCUUUAACAGCACGAAUUAUGUGUACAACAGGCAAGGGCUGAAAUGCCUUAGAACUUCCAUGUGCCAGUUGCUGGCUAUAACCUUUCAAGCACCCUGCUUUGACUGUCUUUUGGCUGCCUUUGCAGAUAGAUGAAACCCAGCUUUGUUUGGGUAUGUUAGCAGUGAUAGCUGGAGUGGUACUGGAAGGGUACACUGAAAAGAAAUAGCGUUUCUCUGUGGUUUCCAUCAGCCUUACUUAAAGGUGCAGUGGUUAAAGGCGCAGGAGGUUGUGGAUUCAUUUCAUUCAAACCCCAUUUAGGGUUGACUGCUAAUGUUCAGUACUAAAGUCUAAAUUAGUUCCCUGGGUUAUACUGGCCAUAUGGUGAAGAUGGUAAAACCUGCUAGGUUAAGAGAUGAGAAAACCAUAGAUAAUGCUGGAGUGAAAACAGGUGCUACAGGCUUCUUGUAAUCCUGCAGAGCCCAAACUCAACCAAGUUGUGAUUGAGUAGAGAUGGAUUUCCCUACAAACCCCUUUAUAUGUUAUUCAGGUUACAGCUGACUGUUUAAACACUUCAGUUUGCAUACAGAUGUUUUAGUUGGGUUGGGCAGUUUUGCUACCGUGCAAGAACAUGAAGUACUUUUUAUUUCUGCUUUAAAAAAACGACUUGUUUCUGUAUCAGCUAACCAUUUUCUUGGGUAAACAAUAUUAACUCAAUGAAAAUAAAGAGUAUUCAACCCGUUUAAAGGAAAUCAAUUUGAAAGUUUCCUACAUGCAGAGGUAGUUUUUCCUCUGGGUCUUACACCAACACUUGUUUUCCCAUGCAGAGUGUUCCCAUGGAACAUACAAAACAUGGAAAAAGGAGAUCAAAUGGAGGUGCCCCAAAAAAGCAAAAAUACAUCAGUAUUGAAUCCCCCUGAAAAUCUUAUUAUCCCUAAGCCUUAUGCUAAAGAGGUAUUAAUCUACAUAUCUAGAUCCCGCCCCCAAUUCCCCAAACAGGAAUGCAUGCAGGGCUGAUUUUUUAUGGAAUGCUGCUGCAAUAUGAUUUCUUACCACUGCGUUCUCAUUUUGCUUAAAUUCAAGUCUAAACAUACAAUGACAAUCGUGCAAGUAGAAAUAACACAUUGCACUAGUUUUUAUUCAUUCUCUUCCCCCUUUAAACCGGUUCAUGUGUAAGGCGCAUAUAUUGUAUUGUGAAUAUAAUCUUUAAUGAAAGAUGAAGGAACAUUAAGCUCAGAAGAAGCUACACUGUUUUUCUUUUUUAUUUAGCAGCUGUUAAAUA